CAGACCCGGCAGAAGCGGGCUGCAGUCUCAUCUCUGAAGCGAACUCAACCUAACAGCGCUAUGGGAUCUUACAGGACUUUAACUCUACCGCUUCUUAGCUUGUUGGGCUGGACGCUGACCUCUGCCUUCAACCUGGACGCAGACAACGUUAUCAGGAAGACGGGAGAUGCCAACAGCUUGUUCGGUUUCUCCCUUGCCAUGCACCGACAACUCAGACCAGCUGAUAAAAGAAUGUUGCUUGUUGGUGCACCAAAAGCUAAAGCAUUGCCCGGGCAGAAGUCAACAAUUACAGGAGGCAUGUACAACUGUGACAUAAACUCUCCCGCCCAGUCAUGCCAGCGAGUGAUAUUUGACAAUGAAGAAAACCUGGCAUCUGAAAAUAAGCAAAACCAGUGGAUGGGAGUUACUGUACAGAGCCAGGGACCUGGAGGAAAGAUACUGGUCUGCGCUCAUCGCUACCAGCGACGUUUAUUUGUGGGCUCAGUUCAGGAGCUGCGUGACGUGACGGGUCGUUGCUACGUACUGAGUGAGGACCUAACGAUUAAUAAUUCCAUGGAUGAAGAUGGCGGGGACUGGAUAUUCUGCUACGGGAGAAACAGAGGACACGAGCGCUUUGGAUCAUGCCAGCAGGGUCUCUCUGCCACAUUCACAAAGGACUUUCACUACCUGGUGUUUGGAGCACCGGGCGCUUACAACUGGAAAGGAGUGGUGCGGAUGGAGCAGAAGAACAGCUCUCUGUGGGAGGAGAACAUCUUCGAUGACGGCCCGUAUGAAGUUGGAGACGAGAGCCGACUUGAUCCAGACCUGGUGCCCGUCCCCGCUAACAGUUAUUUAGGUUUCUCGUUGGACUCUGGAAAAAUGCUGACCAAGAGAGGUCAGUUGACUAUAGUUGCUGGGGCUCCAAGAGCCAAUCACAGUGGAGCAGUUGUGCUGUUAAAGAAGGACGACACUCUACCAUCCUUGUUAACAGCCGAAUACAUCCUGGAGGGUGCCGGACUUGCCUCUUCCUUUGGUUAUGAUCUUGCAGUUCUUGACAUUAAUGGAGAUGGGUGGCAGGACAUCGUAGUCGGAGCACCUCAGUACUUUAUUAAGGACGGUGAUAUCGGUGGGGCCAUCUAUGUUUAUCUCAACAACGAAGGGGCUUGGGACAAGAUCACACCCAAGAGAAUUGAGGGAGCUGCUUAUUCCAUGUUUGGUCUGGCUGUGGAAAACAUGGGAGACGUGAACCUGGACGGUUAUCAUGAUGUUGCCGUUGGUGCCCCGUAUGACAGUAACGGAGCUGGAAAUGUAUAUAUCUUCCACGGUUCACCCGAAGGCCUUAAAAAAACCCAGGUUCUUGGAGGAAAAGAUCACAACGUGAAACUCUUUGGAUACUCUCUUGCUGGGAACAUGGAUUUGGACAGGAAUAAUUACCCCGAUCUGGCUAUCGGAUCUCUCUCCGAUUCAGUGCUUGUGUACAGGGCACGGUCAGUUAUCAGCAUCGAAAAGACCGUCACCACCACUCCGAAGGAGCUAGACCUCACUCAGAAAAACUGUGGAGACACUAUAUGCCUUGACGUGAGAGCCUGCUUCAAAUUUUCAGUCAAACCCCAAACCUACAAUCCUACUCUGAAGGUGAAAUACACUAUCAAGGUUGAAUCUGAAAGACAGAAACUUAACCUUCCUUCUAGAGUCAUCUUCAACCCGCGCACAACCAAUGAGUACGAAAGCACGGGAAUCGUAGAUCUCAAGGGUCAGGGGACAGAAAGCUGCAUUAACAAAGGCCUCAAACUGCAGGAAACCCUAAGAGACAAACUGAGAGGUAUCCCGAUUGAAGUCUCUGUGGAGAUCCAGAAUCCAUCCACACGCAGGAAGAGACAGAGCUCUCUCCCUAACCUGCUUCCCAUUCUGGACUCUAACCAAGACGCCACCACCGUUCAGUUUAUCAAGGAAGGAUGUGGUGCUGAUCAUGUCUGUCAGAGUGACCUGCAACUACAGUAUAAAUUCCACACCAGGGAACCAAACAGAGACGUCUUUCAUCCAUUACCCGAGGAAAAUGGAGUUCCCAUCCUGUCUCUUAGUGAUCAGAAGGACAUUGCCUUGGAGAUCAAGGUGGUGAACCGGGGUGAAGACGCUUAUGAAGCGCAGCUGUCUUCCUCGUUCUCCAAAUCCCUCUCGUAUUCUGCUGUUCGCACUAAAUCUGGCGAAAAACCGGUCACCUGUCUAGCCAAUCAGAAUGGCUCACAAGCCGACUGUGAACUCGGAAAUCCUUUCAAAAAAGAUGCCGAGACAACUUUCUACAUCAUUUUGAGCACGGGAGGAAUUUCUUUGGAUACCACUGAGGUUGAAAUUGACCUUAAAGUCAAAACGACAAGUGAUCAAAAGCAGUUACAAGCAGUCAAAGCCAAAGCCAUUGUUAAGAUCCAGCUGCUAUUGUCUCUCUCAGGCAUCGCCAAGCCGUCUCAGAUCUACUUCAGUGGAGCAGUUAAAGGAGAGAGUGCGAUGAAGCUGACAACUGAUGUCGGCAGUCCAAUUGAUUAUGAAUUCAGGGUUACAAAUUUGGGCAAACCCCUUAAGUCAUUCGGCACGGCUUCUAUAAUUAUCCAAUGGCCGAAGCAUAACUCUCAAGGCAAGUGGCUGCUGUACCUCAUGAGGAUGACCCCAUCCGGUUUAGACAGCUUCAGCUGCUCAAAUCAAGAUGAGGUCAACAAACUCGGCUUGAAGGAGCCUUCAGUGACACGAACUAAACGGGAAAUUGGAGAAACACCUGCAAAAGAAGGAACGGCUUCUCUGCUCACUGACAAGAGGAAAUACACAGUUUUGUCAUGCGAGGAAGGGACGGAGUGUGUAACAUUCAGAUGUCCCCUAACGGGAAUGGACAGCAAUGCCGUCAUCAGCCUGAGGGCUUACCUUUGGAACUCUACCUUCCUGGAGGACUAUAAAAAACUGAACUACAUUGAUAUUAUUGUCAAAGCAUCGCUUGAUUUCAAGACCUCCGCCACAAAUAUACAGCUGAACAAUGAACCAGCACUGGCACGUGUUACCGUGUUUCCGGAGCACAAAGUAGCGCAGUACGGCGGUAUGCCCUGGUGGGUCAUACUGGUGGCCAUUUUACUUGGACUCCUCUUGCUGGGCCUUUUGGUCUUCUUGCUUUAUAAGUGUGGAUUUUUCAAACGUUCCAAGUAUGACGACAGAGUCCCCAGUUAUAGCGCUGUGCGGAUAAAGAGGGAAGAGAGGGGGAAAGAGCCAGGGAAAGAGAAAAUGGAUCCUGCCGAGAAGAAACAAUGGAUGACUUCUUGGAAUGAAAAUGAGAGCUACUCGUAGCUAAAUGCUAAUCUGAUUUCGAAACCAAACCAAAGACUCGCUUUCUAAGGCCUUUAAUGCUUACUUUUGCACACACUGAACUUUUCUUAAUGUUACCGUUCCAUCAAAACGUGAAAGGAAACACCUGAGCUCGAUUGAGAUUGUGUUACAAAAUGCCGUGUGGAAGACGGUUUACUUGAGUUUAGUUUUUAUAUUAAAAUUGUCCCAUUUUCACAUCACAGGUCACCUCUCAUGCAUACAGUAGUGUAUAUACAUUUAAUGUAUUUAUUCUCAGCAGACGUUUCUGUUGUACAAAAGGCCAAAGAUUUUUCGUUUUCGUUUUGUUAUGAAUGGCUUGUGUGAGUCAGGCCUGCUCGGUUCAUAUUUUUUCUUAUCUUGAUAUCCAGCUAAACCUGGAUGAAUGUAAAUAUUUGUGUCUUUGGAUUUUUUUUCCAUUCGUAGCUUAAUUGUUAAUACCAGUCAGGUACAUAUUUUAUUUUCAUAGGUGUUUUUUUCACUGUACUUCAACUACUACAACCGGGACUGAUCUUAUUAAGAACUACUUUGUUAUGAACAGUUUGAUAUAUUAUCGGUUGACUGCCACAAUCCAUCGUAAGAUCAAAUUGUAAAGGUUUCUUUUCAUUUUUGAAGGCCGUUUGAAAAUAUCUUUGUAUAAAUGUGAAGUUGCUUUUAUUAUUAUUUUUUUUAAAACAGCACCUUUUGAUAAUGCAAAUGUUCAAAUAAUGAAAAGUAUUAAUUCUGUAUUAAUCUGUAAAGUGACUCGUUGAAUGGUGAUAUCUGAUGAAAUCUGAAUUUUAGUCACUCAACAAAUGUAUUAGCUCACACAAAAUUGACCCUGAAGUAUUGAAACCGAUUAUUAGAUAUUUUCCAAAUUAAAGUUUUGCUGGACCAAAAUUGAUAUAACAGAUACCAUUUUUUUAUUAAACGAAUUAUUUUGGUGGUUUUGUUAGCCGUAAAUCUGAUUAAUCUUUCAAUUUACCCUUAAAGGACUGAGAUGGUGCUGCAGACAGAAACAAAAGACAUAGCGGUUGAGGAUGUAAUGACUAACCCACAAUGGGUCUGAUUGAACAGAAGGUAUACAGACAACUGAAGAUAGGGUUUCACAGCAGACGGUGGCUGGGGGCGUGAGUGCAGGAUUAGUGAUUGGUGUGAAUGACACAGGUGGAGUGUUAAUAAACAGGCACAGACUUGUGCGGUAGACAGCCAUAGAAACUGAUGCAGGUGACGCAGAUCAAGACUCAUACUGAGGCAUUCAUCCAGUCUUUACCUAGUCACCAGUACCACAAGCUCAAGCUUGGAACAUGUUCUGCUUUUAUCAGAAAUACAACCAUUUUUUUCCAUUAAAUAGUGAGCAAUAUGCUAUAGUGUACAUAUAUAUGGACUAAAGGCUAUUACACACACACACACACACACACACACACACAGGUUUUCCUAUUAUAAUAGUGGCAUCAUGAUAAUAGUGACAGUUUUGUACUGUAUAAAUUAUAUUUACACUAACUCUCAACUUACACCUCACACAAACAAAAAAAAUGUUGUUUCCUCACAGGUACAAAAAAAAUGUUCCCAUAAAGUGAAAAGAAUUUAAAUGAGAAUUUAUUGUAGACAGAUUAUUUUUUAAAUGGUUGUAGCAAACUAUGCAAACCAUACAUCAGUAAUACAUACUAAGUAAAUCCUAUUUAGCUUUCAAAAUCUGUUUUAAAAAAAUUUACCCUUAUGAUAUGUUUUGUGGUCCAAAGUCUCACGCAUGCAUGUAUGAAUAUACAAUAUUUAUGUAUCUCUGUGUGUGUGUGUAUUCACUAAAAAUGAAAAUUGUGAACAGAUUAUUGGAAUGCUUUUUACAUGAAAUACUGUUUCAGUCUUUUGAGUUGCAAUUUUUUUGCAAUAAAUUAUGUAAUUAAGUA